AUGGCUAAUAUUCCUAACAACGAUGUAUUAGAGAUACGUCAAAAAGUAGCAGGCUUAACUUUGAAAGUAGAAAAUCAAAGAGAACAAUUUAAUACAUUAUUGAAUAAAAGCAAAUCUCUUAUUGUCAUGUCUACUGCUCUUGGUGCAGCAGUCUGUGCUGGUGUUGCCGCUGCUGUUGGUGUUAUGUAUCUUAAUGCCACGUCAGUUCCAGCUAUGGCUGUACUUGGAGCUUUGGCAGGUGGAAUCCUUGUUGGCAAAGCAAUGAGUUAUAAAAUUAAAUACAUAAAUUGAGAAAAUAUUUACAUGAAAAAUUUUUAGUAAUUUAAAAUCGGGGUUGUUACACUCAUGGAUUUUAGGCAAAAACGUGAAUCAAGCAAAAACUAGGAAAAAAUUACUAAAAUACCAUGAUUUAAAAUUUUGUAAGUUUGCCGAGUAUUAUAGGGCAAAAAAUGGAAAAAAAAUGGCAAAAAAAGCUUUCAAACUUUCUCUACGUCGUAACAACCCUACUU